CGAAAAGUUCUUGGAUUGCUCGCUUGGAGCGGAAAGAGCCAUCUUUUGAGAGCACGAAGUUGCACGAAGUACAAGUACAGUUUGGUGCCGGUUUCUUUCCUCUCUCGUUCUUUUUUGACCCGCACUCUAUACGGACACACGUGGUUGUUAGGCUUGCAAAAUUCCUCUCUACUGAAGAAAAUCCCGCAUUAAAAGGUUGUGAAAUGGCUACAGUAAAACAGGAAAGUUCGGAAGUAGUUAUCAAAACCGAACCAAAGGAGGAGAAUACCAAACUUGAUUCUCAAGAAAUUAAUGUGAAGACCGAACCAAACGAAGAGAGGGCAGAGGACAUCUCAGAUAAACCAAUUAAUGUAAAAACUGAAGGUGAUGCGACAAAUGGGGAUAUGAUUACCAGCACAGCUGAAACUACUGAGCUAGAUAAUAAAAUUAUUCGCCAAGUUGAAUACUAUUUUGGAGACUUCAAUCUUCCAAGGGAUAAGUUCCUGAAAGAACAAAUUGGAGUUAAUGAUGGCUGGAUCCCGAUUGCGACCAUGCUUAAAUUUGCCCGUCUGUCCCAGCUGACAAUGAGCCCUAAAGUUAUCUUUAGUGCUUUGAAGAAAUCUGAUUCUGGUUUAAUGGAAGUUGAUGAAUCUGCAUCUAAGAUCCGCAGGUCAAAGAACAAACCUAUUCCCGAAGAAACAGCAGACUAUCUGGCUCAAGUUAAGGCCCGCACAAUCUAUUGUAAAGGUUUCCCUAAGGAAGGAAUGUCAAUUGAUAAGCUUCUGGACUUUUUCAAAAGCUUCCCAACAGUUUUGAAUAUCAAAAUGCGUUACUUCAAGACAAAGGAUGAAUCUACAAAGUUCAAAGGAUCUGUCACUGCUACUUUUGCUACAAAAGAAGAAGCUUCAAAGUUUAUGUCACUUGAGUCUGUUAAGUAUAAUGAUUACACUCUUCAACGGCAAUGGAGUGUUGAAUGGGAAAAAGAAAAGGAGCAGGAAUACGAGGACCGACGAAAACGGAAGGAGAAAAAAAUCACACAGGAAAAUGGGAGUGCCACUAAACCUGAUGAAAAGGUCACAGAGGAAAAAGAGAAAAUUGUUUUGUCUCGUGGCACAGUUUUAAAACUAGUUAACCUCCCAUCCGGUAUCGACCGCGAUGCAAUUAAGCAAGGCUUUAGUACUUAUCCAGCUGACAUUGCUCACGUAGAAAUCACUCCUGACAACACUGCCUUUGUACGACUUCGUGGGGAAAACGACGGAAAGAUGGUUUUGGACAAACUAGAAAACAAGAAGAUUUCUAUCAACGACGCAUCUGUAGAAGUGAGCGUUUUGGAAGGUGAAGAAGAAGAGACCUAUUUGAAAAAAGCAGAAGACAAUGUAAAUAAUCGAGCGAACAUGGGUCGAGGUGGUUUCCGCGGACGAGGUGGACGGGGACGUGGCCGUGGUCGUGGUGGAAGAGGUGGUCGUGGAGGAGGCUAUAAGGGUAAGGACCGAAAACGAGAAGGUUCACUAAGCGGAGCUCAUGGAGAGGGAUCAUCAAAAAGGAGUCGCGACGACUGAGUGAUACCUCAAUAUCUAAUUUCAUGGAACUAUUCCGAUCCCAAUGUUAUCCUUUUUUUUUGUUUUUUACUUGAAUUUGUUUUGAUUUUUUUUUCUUAUCAAGAGUCAUCCCUUUUUCAUUAAAUUCUUUCUACGGCAAUCAUUUCUCAAGAUAUCUUGACUGAUUUUGAUUUUUUUGUUGACUACAUCGUGUGAAUGAGAAUGAAAAACGAGAAAAUACAAAUGCUUCAUAUGAUGCUUGAAAGCAAACAAUAUAAUCUUAACAGAAAA